ACCCGCGCCCUCCCUCCCUGUCGUUCUUUUUCUUUCCACCUUCGACACCAUGAAACUGUCCGCUCCUUUCGUCGGCCUCAUCCUCGCGGUCGGCGCCGCCCAGGCCGCGUUCCCGCACGCUGAAGGCGGCCUCUCUGCCCGCGAGCACCACAAACGUCUCGGUAACCAUGCGCGGGACCUCGUCAACGGCCGCACCAUCGUCCGUCCGCGCCGCCGCUCUGACGGCACCAAGAAGUGCAAGGCUAAGACGUCGAGCUUGGGCGCGCCGCCCUCUUCCACCGCUGCAGCCCCUGCGCCUGCGCAAACCAGUCCUGCGUCCACCGAGUCUGCUGCUGUCACUACCAGCGCCGCGCCCUCUCCUCCUCCCUCUGAGGCGCCUGCUACCACCAGCGCUGCGCCCUCGCCUCCCCCCUCCGAGGCACCUGCCACCACUAGCGUCGCCCCGCCUCCGCCUCCGCCUGCUUCCAGCUCUUCUGCAGCCUCGGCCGCCAGCGAGAGCGCUGGUGCGUUCGCGCUCAACACCCUCACGUCGAGCGAAUGCGGUGCCAGCGGUGCUACAGAACAAAUCACGGCGACCGCCGGGCCCAACGGCGCGGAGAGCUGGCUGAACUGCGGGAUCCAGGGCGCGGGGUGGAACCCGCCGCCGAUGCAGGUCAGCGACGUCGUCUCGAAGGACCUGAACGACGCCCUCUCGGAGCCGAACAGCCCCUUCGCCAACUGUGAGCCGUACGUCAGCUACUUUUACCAGUACGGCGGCCAGUACGGUGUCCCGCCUAUCUUCCUCGCGUCGAUCGCCAUGCAGGAGAGCUCGUGCGACCCCACCAAGACCGGUGGGGCCGGCGAGCAGGGUUUGAUGCAGAUCACUGUCGACAAGUGCGGCGCGGCGCCCAACGGCAACUGCAAGGACCCGAACUACAACAUCCAGCAGGGUGCGCUCUUCCUGUCCGGGCUCAUCAGCGACAACGGCGGCAACGUCCUCCUCGCCGUCGGCCAGUACAACGGGUGGGUGAACGGCAUGACCGAGGCUCAGGCCACCGCCGCUGCCGACACGGGCUGCUGCCCGUGCCAGAACAACCUCGACUACCUCAUGCAGUUCUUCAACGGCUGGGUCCUCGGCACCGACCCCACCGCCAGCCCCCGCCUCGGCCAGUUCUUCAACCUCGACAUCUGCGGCACCGGCCAGUAGAACUCAAGACGCUCGCGUCUCUUUUUCUUUUUCGAUGAUACCCCCUCCCACCUCCCGCUGGCCGCUGGCGCCGCGCGCACACCCCCAUGGCCCACCAACGCUUGAUGCUUGAUGGCUUCUCGAUAUGCAUAUGACGUGAUGACUCUUGCCGCUGCUGUUGUUAAUGUUCCGCGCAGUGCAUAUAUUGUUCUCCUGCUGGUUAAUCAUACGCAUAUUCACGCC